GUUAACCAGCUGAGCCAGCCCAAAGGGUGAGGCUGCUGCACAAUUUCUGUUUGUCUCGUCGCGCGGUUUCAACUCUCCCUCGUCUACUUCGCUCCCCAUGGCGCCUACCAUCCUCAACAAUCUUCUCGGCCGGUCCGAUGUCGCGUCGCUGGGCCCGCUGGCUGCGCGCUCUGUCCUGCUUGGCCGAGAUGCAUCUGAAGAGCAACAUGACCCGGAAUCGGGCAUACUGCACCCGCAAGAGAUCAACAACAAUGCCGUCUUUGCCGUCUUUGGUCUCCUAGGAGCCGCCUUUGUCAUAGGCGGCAUCUGGUUCUUCUUUUGGGCAAAGAACGGCGGCUUCUACUUCAAGAAAGGCGAUUGGGAAGACUACAAGUCCACGGUCCUCCGGCGCAAGGUCGGUCCCAACGGCACCAUCUACUCGGACGCAACCCCCAGCACGGUUCUCGGCGGCGGCAGCGUGUACAAGGACGUGGACGACGGCACGACCAACGCCGGGGAGGACCUGACCACGGUGGUGAGCGCGACCACGGGCAUCACGGGCAUCACCGGCGGGGUCUCGGACAUUUCCGGCCGCGAGAAGCGCCGCAAGAAGCGGGAACAGAAGGAGCGUGAAAAGGAGCGCCGCCGGGAGGAGAAGGCGCGCGAGAAGGAGGAGCGCCGGAAGAGCCGCCGCAGGGUCAACGCCGACGGCAUCAUCAUCGACGAGGAGGCCGAGAAGGAAGCCCAGGAGCAGCUGCGCAGCUACCGCCACGAGAAGCCGGCCCGCGUGGGAGGCAUCAACCGCGAGGCGGACGGCUCGACCUGGGACGGCUCGACGAACCCCAGCUGGUCGACCAUGAGCCCCAGCCACGCCGACGGCACCGACACGGGCAGCACCGUCACGUCCGAGCUCAUGAGCAACCGCGAGCGCACGCCCACCACGACCCCGACUAAGAAGGACGCCAACGAGCGCGCUGGCCGCAUCCGCAAGGUCUACUCCACGGCCGACAAGACCGCAAUGCGCGAGAAUGAGCGCCUCCGGGCCGAAGCCCGCCGCCUGCAGGAGAAGGGCCGCGCGGCCACCUCCAAGCCCAAGCGCGACUUUAGCUUUAUCCGUGGCGCGGAGGAGACCAUGGCGCUGCGGCGCAUCGACGAAGCGCCAGCCGAGAGCGUCGUCAGCGGGUCGUACCUCUUGGAGAGCAACGUCACCGCCGACGACAACAACAACAACAACAACAACGAGAAGAAGGAUGACAAGAACAACAACGAUUACGCCGACCGCGAGAAGCGCGCCCGCUCCCGCUCCCGCCGCCGCAGCGCGCCGCGCGAGGUGCCGGGCAGCUGGGCCGAGAGCGAGGUCAGCUCGGCGCCGAGCGAGAGCGACGUCGGCACCAAGGUGUACACGCACCCGCACCACAUCCCGACGGGCAGCGAGGUCUCGUCGCCGUCGUCGUACGCCGAGGAGAAGAGAAAGAAGAGAGGCGGCGCGGGCGCGAGGAGGAACAGGGACGGUUCCGCGUGAAAAGGGGGGUGGGGUGACCGUGUCAAAUGUUGGGGGGACUUGGUUCUUUUUUUUAACGCAGUUGGCAUCCUAUCACGAUACAAUGACCCGAGUCGAUGCCGAAGGGAGAUUCGUCGUUUGAUGAUGAUGAACGAUGAACGAUGGUGGGGAUGGCUAUGAGGGGUAUGAUGAUGGGUAUG